CGGCCUAACCUGUCAGAACCGAAGCAGCGGAUCCGUGGUCGUAAUUUUUUGAGCACAUACGUUGGGUUUGCUCCGGUUGUAUCGCCGCGCUGGUUGUCGCACGGGACGGAUCGUACAGGCUCUCGGACGGAUAGUCCCGGCGAGAAAUUUCCUGUAAGGAAAGGCAGUUAACAUCGAUACCGUCCAUUACCGAGACGUUUGCGAGAACAAAGCGGGCCAGCACCGCGCGUUUUCAACACGAGAGUUGUCCCUCGACCGUUGUUAUCCUGUUAUGUGGUGGUGAACGUCGACAGAAAUUAUAGUAGCAUAUAGUAGCGGUGACGCUCACUCGACAAGCAUAUAGGAACAGGAUGUCGGGGCACAGAGGCGGCGGAGGGGCUGGAAGUCAUCAAGGUGGUCCCCCAGGCCUCAAGCAGAUCGAUCUGGAUCAAAUUUGGGGAGACUUGCGCGAGGGCAUAGAGCAAGUCUACAAUAGGCAGUGCAUGUCGAAGCCGAGAUACAUAGAGCUAUACACACAUGUAUAUAAUUAUUGUACAAGCGUUCACCAGCAACUUACCAGAACGUCAACUAAAAGUAAAAAAGGACAAAUUCAACAAGGUGGUGCGCAGUUAGUGGGUUUGGAACUGUACAAACGUCUGCGUGAUUUUCUUAGGAGUUAUCUUAUUAACUUACUCAGGCAUGGCAUUGACCUGAUGGACGAGGAUGUGCUGCAGUUCUAUACAAGACAAUGGGAGGAAUAUCAAUUCAGUAGUAAAGUUUUAAAUGGCGUGUGUGCGUAUCUCAAUCGCCAUUGGGUACGGAGAGAGUGCGAGGAAGGCCGCAAAGGAAUUUACGAAAUUUAUCAAUUAGCUCUGGUUACUUGGCGAGAUAAUUUAUUUAAACAAUUAAAUAAACCGGUUACCAACGCGGUGCUCAAAUUAAUCGAGCGGGAACGUAAUGGCGAAACGAUAAAUACUCGAUUAGUCAGCGGUGUCAUCAAUUGUUACGUAGAAUUGGGUUUGAAUGAGGAAGACCCAGGUGCAAAGGGACAAAAUCUAACGGUGUAUAAAGAUUCAUUUGAAAAUGUCUUUCUCGAGGAUACGGAACGAUUCUAUACUCAUGAGAGUUCAGAGUUUCUUAGACAAAAUCCCGUAACGGAAUAUAUGAAAAAGGCGGAGCAGAGAUUAUUGGAGGAACAGAAGCGAGUGCGUGUUUACUUACAUCAAACGACCCACGAGCGAUUGGCGAAAACGUGCGAGAAGGUACUUAUCGAGAAGCAUAUGGACAUAUUCCAUGCUGAAUUUCAGAAUCUUCUGGAUGCUGAUAAGAAUACAGAUUUGGGUAGAAUGUAUCAGCUAGUAGCGAGAAUACCAAAUGGUCUUGGGGAGUUGAGAAACCUUUUAGAAAGUCAUAUUGCCAACCAAGGUCUCGCAGCUAUAGAUAAGUGCGGAGACUCGGCAGCUAAUGAUCCGAAAAUUUAUGUGAACACAAUCUUGGAGGUGCAUAAAAAGUAUAACGCUUUAGUGCUGGUUGCAUUUAAUAAUGAUAGUGGCUUUGUCGCUGCUCUGGACAAGGCUUGCGGGCGGUUUAUCAACAGCAAUUCUGUCACAAGGGCAGCAAACAGCAGCAGUAAGUCACCUGAACUGUUAGCUAAAUAUUGCGAUCUGCUGCUGAAAAAGAGUAGUAAAAAUCCGGAAGAGGCAGAACUUGAAGAUACUCUUAAUCAAGUUAUGGUAGUGUUUAAAUAUAUUGAAGACAAGGAUGUGUUUCAAAAGUUCUAUAGCAAGAUGCUAGCGAAACGAUUGGUGCAACAUAUGUCUGCUAGCGACGACGCAGAGGCUUCCAUGAUCUCUAAACUAAAACAAGCUUGUGGAUUUGAAUAUACUUCAAAGUUACAACGCAUGUUUCAG